GCUUUGGCAUGGAGGCAAGCAGAUCAGAAAUUUCUGCAGUUGAUGAGAGCGAGGAGGUAACGUAUACUUCUGUCAGAUUCUCUCAGACUCCUCCUCCAAGGCCCAAAGCUCCACAGGAGAAAAGAGCUCCCCGUCUGUGGUCAGCAGUUCUGAAGGGCUUGGCCAUAGGUUUUGGCACACUGAGCAUCUCCUUGGCAAUUGCUUUAAUUUGGAAGAUGAGCGACUGCCACCCACACUGCCCUCAAGAGUGGGUGGCCUACAGAGGGAGCUGCUACUCCUUCUCCACGGAGAAGAAGGACUGGAAUUCCAGCCAGGAAUCCUGCCGGGCACAGGGAGCUCACCUCCUGGUGAUCAGUGAUGCCUUGGAGAUGGAUCUGUUCAAGCAUAUUCAAGAAGAACAUUUCUGGAUUGGACUGAGGAACAGUACAAGCUCUGGAUGGAUUUGGGAGGAUGGCUCUGUAUUAAGUGAUACCAGGGUCCACUCUAACAGCCCUGUGCAAAAUUGUGCUGUCCUGAAAAAAGAUCAGUUUCAUGCCUCCAGCUGUGCAGUUUUGUUUCAGUGGAUCUGUGAGAAAACACUUAGAUAAAUCCCAUGUGCUUUUUCAUCUCACAACGACCUCAUCAGCGGUAUGAGUUGAUCAUUGCCCUGCAAACUGAAGCCUCAUACAGGACCAAGGACUUGCCUUUUCCAUACCCUCACUAAAGUGUUUUACAAGGACAGGUUUGUUGUCCAAUUACUCUCAGUAUAGAUUUAUUCUCAGCCCACAAGUGUUGGAUUACUGCUCUUUGUGACCAGAGGAGACCUGGGACAUAUUCCCUGGCCUACUCUUUCCCUUAUUUAUCCAAUAAAGGCAAAUAAAAGCUUUGUCACAACAGGUGUCUUCAGACCUCUGAGGGGGAUCUAGUCAUUUUCCCACACUUUUAAGUAUCAGAUUACAUUUUCAUUCCCUGCAACUCCAUUGUCUGAUAUCAGAAGGACGAGGAAAGGAGGCAUGCUAAUCACUGACAGAAACAUAUAAACAUAUUUCUCCUAGUGGCAGCUUCUCCUUUUGCAUGCCAGUGGUAUGAGUGGGAGAGAAGAGGGUGAAAUGAAACUGCAGCUUCUGUAAAUCCAGCAGUGAAAAUAAAUCUUGGACUGCACUGAA